GACAGAGGGAGGGGAGGAGAAGGAGAAAGCAGAGGGAGGUGAGGAGGAGAAGGCGGCGGCAGCAGGUGGAACGGUGACACAACACGCCAACGAGAUCUGGACCUCCUUCAAGAAGCGGGUCAUCCCCAAGAGCAAACGCACCAACACGGAGUGCCACCCCGGAGGCGAGGAGGAGGCGCCUGCGGCCUCGGGUGAGGAAGGCGCCACAGAGGACGGCAAAGAUGGAAAGUCGGCCAAAGCCAAGCGCUCACAUUUUGGCCGUGCGGUUUCCCUGAAGAACUUCAUCAUGCGGAAGGGCAAAUCCACCAGUGUGGACACGGGCGAGGGCGCCAAGGAGGAGGAGGCCGCAGAGGGAGGAGAGGCAGCGGCGGCGACAGAGGAGGGAGGCGCUGACGGCGAAGCUGCCGCAGCGAUCGCGGAGGCCAACGACAAAGAUGCAGUGACGGCAGCUGAGAAGACACCAGCGGAGGAGAGUGGAGCGGAGGUGGCGAAGGAGCCGGAGAAGGAGCCGGAGAAGACAACGGCCGAAGCUCCGGUGACCAACGGGGAGAAUGGCUGCUCCAACGGCACAGAGGAGGAGAACGCCACACAUAAUCACCAGGAGGAGGAGGAGGAAAAGACAACGGGGAGCAGCCCCAUGAAGAAGAGCAAGGAGGCGGGAGGGGUGAAAGAUGAGGCCAACGCCAAGAUCAUCAACGCCACGGCGGCCGUGAACAGCGACAAAAAGGCGGGAAACGUGUGAGGCCACACAAAGAGGAUUAGAACUGCCCGGGAUUCGCUGAGCAAGGAGCUCUGAGCCCCACCCCCACCCCCCAACUCCUCCACUUUCUUGUCCUCUUAUUUCCUCCCCGUCCUCCUCCUCUCUCCCUUCAUCCCUCCCAAUAAAUGGAGUAAUCACGUGUUAUCAACCCAACAUGAGAAACGAGAGACGGAGAGAAAGAUGCAAUUCAUGUAGAUGAGAAGAAAAAUGAUUACUCGGAAAGCAAUAAUUCAAGCCCUUCUUUUUGUCCAUCCAUCCGUCAUCCAUCCAUCCUUCAUCCAUCCAUCUUUCAUCCAUCUACCCCCUCUGUCCGAUACAAACAUCCAGUCUUUUCUUUUCUUAAUCCUUUCUUUGCUUGUCUGUGAGAUUUUAUAUUGUCUACGAGAGAAAAUGAAGAAUAAAAAAUGAAAAUCGAGACAUUCCACUUUCCUCCCCCUUCUCUUCCCGAAGCUCUGCCGACUCCUGAUUGGUGGAUUACAUAAAAAAAAAAAAAAAAAGAGAGAAAAAGACUGUUAGUUUUAUAUCGACGGCCAUUUUGGUUUGUAGUCCCCCCUCUCCUCCUCCUCUUCCUCCUCCUCUUCUUCUUCCUCCCCAUCUUUGCCCCCCGUAGAUAUUUGACAGUACAGCAGGACCAUGUUGCUUCCAUAUAUAAACCGCCCCAAGGACUGCCACUUCCCCACCAACACUGCAAUGUCUUCAGCUCUGUGUGUUUAAUGUUUUUAGACUGUUAUAUUGUGUACAUGAAUU